UACAACUUUCUCAGCUAGACUUGCUUAUUCUUCCUUGCUAUAAUGAGGCUUAUUUAUAUCCUUACAAUUUUCUAUACUACUAGUGUUAGUGCUGGUUAUUAUUCAUGCCGCUGCUUUAAGAGUAAUUCUUACAACCUGAGCGCUACACAGAGCGCUUGUCGAAGAACUAGACAUGCUGAAAUGCAUCAAAACCAUGAAUGCAGGCUUUCAACCCGCAACACUAAAUCAUCUGACUUUAUAAGAUACUGCGAUGCACAGUCUAGAGGUCCUGAUGGACCUAGCCAUGUUACUGGAAGGUGCGUGUGGGUGAUGGAUUCAGAACAGUGAUGUAGAUAUAAAUCAGGAUCAAAGGGCACCAAGACAGUCUGUUCCCAGUCUUAUAGGAAGUCAGAUCAACCUUACGAAGUUCAUCUUAACAGAAUUAGAGAAGAAGGAGGUGCUUUUGUCUACUUUAGCCAAGAGGUUUAUUUCCCUUGUAGGCCUUGUCUAUAUUUUAAACUACCAGAGGCAGAUUUAGGCUACAG